AUGCUGAGCGAGAGCACAGGUUUCUGUCUGCAGCGGCCUGUCCGCAGGGGCCGAGCAGGUGCUUGUCUGCAGCCCCUGAUGCCGGCAAGAGCCGCCCGGCCAGGAGCCCUAUCCGAGUGGGUCCAGAUGGAGAACGUGGUCCUGGAGCCCCAGGCCCGGCUCCUCCUGCCAGGCCCUGGGAAGGGUGACGCGGGAGGGGAGGAGGGGCCAGGCCCUUCCAUCAGACGUCCAGGCCCCACUGACAGGGCCACACCAGUCCUCAGCCACCACCGAGGCCAGGGGGAAAGCAGCCCCGAGGGCAGAGGGAAACGCCGUCUGGCCGGGGCCGCCGUCGGGAACCACACGGUUGUCCCGCACGGUGCUCAGGGCCCCGCUGCCCCAGCGCCCUCCAGGGCGGGGCCUCCCCAGAGCAGGCGCGCCGCUCGGGCCGCCAUGGCCCGGGACGGCGUGCCCUUGUCGCGGUCACUGGCAGGGGUCCUGGGCACGCCCCACACCCCCAGGCUUGUCGAUACCCAAAUGUACAUUUUUCGAGCCCUCUGCAGCUGGGGCGAGCCGGUGCUGCCGGGGCGAGAGCCUGGAAAGAGGUUCCAGGGGUUCUGCCUGGCCAGCACCGCUGGUACGAGCCAAGGUUCUCGGCCUCAGGGCCGGGGGGUGCUGGAUGCACUGGGGCCGGUGAUCAGCGGGACCGUGCGCUGGGGUGGGACAGCCGUCUCCCAGACUCGGCGUCUAGCCGCCCGGCACCCCUGGGACGUUCCCCCAGAUGCCGCUGCUGGGGGUGACCUGGAAAUAGAGCCCUAUCUGGCUCAUAAAGUCAGUGUGAAGGCCCUGAGGCCACCAGCCCAGCAGCUCCCAGGGGCCUGGGCUGGGUCUGUCCUGCCUGUGGACAUCCUCUGUGCAGACGUGCAGCCCCAGGCAAGCACGGAGUCCACAGCCACUGAGGGACCAGCCAGGGAAUCUUCCGCCCAAGGUCCUACAGGAGUCCCUGGCCUGAACCCCACGACUGCCGUGCUGCAGACCUCGACUGGCCUCACCGACCUGCCUUCCUGUGCCCCCAGUCCCCUCUGCAGCCCCCAAGCUCUGCCUUCUGCUCCCCAGCCGUCUGGCCACCACGCAUCCACUAGUAGCUUCCAACCUGCUCCGCCCUACUGCCCCGCUCGAGACGGCACCGACCCCCAGCCCCAGCAGCUCCUCCCGACCGUGGGCCCACCAGGGCGGGCAGUACCAGUGGUCAGGGGCCCCACGGCCACGGCCACGCGCAGCACCUCCUUGUAUCUCCCCACCUCCCUCACAGUUGCCCUGGCCCACGGCCAAUCUCCCCCCAGGGCCCAGCUGCCCUCACCAGCCGCAGAGGGACUGGGGUCCAGGACCCCCUGCCUGGCAACCAUGCUUGGAGGCUUCGGGCCCCUCCCCCAAAUCCUGGAUUUCGGACUCCUGCCAGAGACGGCUGGGGUCUCAGAACAGCUUGUCUUCUUCUCCCGAUGGGACACUCAUUCCUUCACAGCAGGACUCAUCGGUGGCCAGAGAGCCACCCCCCCCUCCAGCUCCGAGCUCCGAGGCGCAUCCCGGGAGCACUCCCACCCCCUGGACGAUGGUAGCACUCAGCCCCAGGGGAGCGGCACCAGGCACCCACCUGCCUUGCCACCCGAGACCCCUCCCCGUGUCCAGAGCUCCAGCUUUCCGAAGAACUGCGCCGUCGCAGCCCCUCGCUGCCCGCGGCUGGCUGGGCGGCUUCCCCAGGACCCUGCUUCCACCUGUCCCCACUGCCGCCCUCACGUCCCCCCCUGUGGCCCUACAGCCAGCUCGGCCAAGCCCUCCAGACAGCCCAAGGCUCCCUGCUCAGGCAGCUCGGGAAGCAACCACAAGGUCCAGAAAUGUUCCAAAGCCCCGGCCCCGGCCCUGGCCACAGCCUGCACGUGCCAAGGGCCCCGGAUGUGGGGCAGCACCACGCCCCGUCCCCGGCUCAGCCUAAAUGCCACCUUCUCCUGGGCAGGACCCCGUGUGCCCGUGGGGUCCCCCAAGAAGCUCUCCAUCCUCCCUGACAGGGGCGCCUCCUCUGGCCCCCGGCUGCCCUCUCCUCCCACGGCCGUGUCUGCCUGGGCCCGUGCCCACCUCCGCCUCUCCUCCUCUCUGGGGAAGUUACCUCAGUUAACUCAGUUCAGGACCGCAGGUGUCAGUGACAGGCGUCGGGGCCUCCUGCCCCCAGUGACGGCCGCGGCGGAUGGACCGCGGGGCGUGUGGACACGGCCAGAUCUCCAGACCCCAGUGGUGGCACAGGGCCGCCUCGUGGGGCGUGGCCUCUCCUCCAGCGCGGCUGCUGGUCUGGCCGCACCCCUGGCACGCUCCUCUGCCCACUCACCUGCUGCCACGCCCCUCGCCACAGUGCUGGACCCGGCCCAGCCGCACACGAUCCUGCCCGGGUCUGGUGCAGGGCAGCCUUCCCCGGGCCGAGGUGGCCUGCGUUCCGAGGUGCGCGAGUGUGGGGCAGGAGCCAGCCCCGCGCCCGGCACCUCAGACGCUGACGUCACUGACCGCUGGGGGCAGCCAGACAGGAAGCCCGCCCAGCGCCGGGAGGGAGGGGCCCCAGGCUCAUCUCCCAGCCCCCUCAGCACCGCAGGAUCCAGCCGUGUGCCUGGGGAUACUCAGCAGCAGGCCCACCUACAGCCCCGUCACAGACGUCCCAGUCCAUCGCAGAAGCCGAAUCCAGCCCUGAGCCCCACCUGCACCCUGCAGGGUGGGCUGUGCCCACUGUCUCUCCCCCUGCGCCCUGGCAAGUGUUUGGCGCAGACCUGGGAGCUGCCCGGGGCUCCUGCGGUCCUCGGCAAGCGCUCUCAGCUCCACCAUGAGCCCAGCUUCGGGGUCCAGCCACCACCUCCCUCCUUGGCACCCCCACUUCUGCCAGCUUCCACCCUGGACACCUUCAGUCUGUUCACGCAGCAUCCAGAGGGUCCCUCAGCCCCUAAGCCAGACCCUCCACUAAGCCCUUGCCUCCAAGAAAAAGCUGCAUCCUUCUCAGACCUUCCUGAACCUCAUCGGCCCAGUCCCCUGGCGUCCUGGACUGCGCUCCAGGCCACCCCUCCCUGCCUGUGGGGCCUCCUCACCACGGCCCGGAGGCACCACACUGCUGCUGUGCACACUCUCACCCCAAAGUCCAUGGGAGUCUUCAUGGAGACAGGCCCCCCUGAUCCUCUGAGCCCCAGUGCAGGGCUCCCCACCUGCUCUUUCCUGACAGGCCCCAGCCCCAGCAGCCCCGGGCUGCACGGCACCUCCUUGCCGGCUCAGGUCAGCGGCCUGCGCCUGAUCCCUGGGGAGAUGUGCGGCCUGCGGCCAGGGCUCCAGGACUCCUCGCCCCCCGCUUCCUCGUCUAAGCCCACCGCAUCCCAACCCCCAUCAUCUGAUUCCUCCUGA